CUUUACUAUUUUUUCGGCAGUGAAGGGAACUUGUAAAGCAUCAGUGACAGUCGUCGCAUGCAACAAUUAAUUUCUCCGAUUCGAGGCGUUCACCAACACGUGGACUGAGAGCCGCUAUCGCGGGUCCGGAGACCAGACAAACCAAGUGAGCGAUGAGUCGUAAGGACGAGCGCAGCCUGCUGGGGGAGGACGCUGGGGACGAAGGGUCCAGGGACCCCGGCAUCACCGCCCACCACACGUCCAGCGCCGACGACUAUGAGGGCCACAGAGCCCACUCAGUGUAUGUGGGUUACCAGCUGCCCAGCUCCAUGCAGCACAAGAAACGCUCCCGCCACCGCCACCAUCGUCACCACCGUCACCACCAGCAGAACAACAAGCCUAACGAUGGACCCAUGGAGGACCCCAGCACGCGGGUGCAGUUCAUCCUGGGCGAGGAGCAGGAUGACGGCAGCAGCCACGCCGUGCACCCCAUCUUCUCUGAGAUGGAGACGCUCGUUACCGUUGAUGGGCAGUACGAGUGGAAGGAGACCGCCAGAUGGGUGAAGUUUGAGGAGGACGUAGAGGAAGGUGGGGAGCGCUGGUCCAAGCCCCACGUGGCGACGCUGUCGCUGCACGCUCUCUUCGAGCUGCGGUCGUUCCUGAUGAAGGGCGUCGUGCUGCUCGACAUGGACGCCAUCAGCAUCGAGCAGGUCGCCGAGCUCGCCAUCGAGGCGCUCGUCAACAAGAAGCAACUCGAGCCUGAGAACAAGGAGCUACUGAAAGACGUUAUCAUGCGUCGUCACAAACAUCUCUACGAACGCAGCACCAAGGAGGGCGGCAAGAGCAUGUCUAACCUGCCUCUCAUACGCAGCCUUGCCGAGAUCGGCCGGAACCACAGCAGCUCUAAAAGGUUCUUCAAGUCGAUGUCUUUUGCAGGUACUCAGCCUCCGCAAGGAAGCGCUGGGACAGACACAGGUUUGGAUACAUCUCCCUCCACAGGAUCCAUUAACAGGAACCAGAGCGGCGAGCGGCUCGAUAAGGCGGCCACCGCCUCGCAAGUAAACCUCAACAAGGGAAACACAAACUUCAUGCGAAAGAUUCCCCCCGGGUCGGAAGCAUCCAACAUUUUGGUGGGCGAAGUGAACUUCCUGAAGCGUCCCUUCGCCGUGUUCAUCCGCCUCAGCGAGGCUGCCUUCAUGGGCAACCUUACUGAAGUGCCAGUCCCUACCCGCUUCAUCUUCAUCCACAUGGGCCCUCAGGGAGGUUUGUCGCACUUCCACGAGAACGGGCGGGCGAUGGCAACGCUGUUCAGCGACGAGAUCUUCCACGAGGUCGCCUACAAGGCACAGAAGAACGAGCAUCUUUUGGCCGGCGUCGACGAGUUUUUGGACGCCGUCACCGUCUUGCCACCUGGCGAAUGGGACCCUUCCAUUAGGAUCGAGCCGCCCGCGCUGAUCCCGUCUCAGGAGCAGCGCAAGAAGCCCCAGAAGGUUCUUGUGGUGGAUGAGGAGGAAGAGGAACGCAAGAUGAGGGAAGCCAGUGGCUUGGUGCGCACUGGGCGCCUCUUUGGUGGCUUCAUAAACGACGUGAAGCGCAAGGCUCCGUGGUACUGGAGCGAUUUUCGAGAUGGAAUAUCCAUGCAGUCCGUGGCCACGUUCUUCUUCUUGUAUUUUGCGUGCCUGGCGCCUAUCAUUACCUUCGGUGGAUUGCUGGGGGAAGCCACCGGCAACCGUAUUGCUGCUAUGGAGUCCUUGGUGUCUGGCCUGGUCUGUGGCGUGGUCUAUGGUCUGUUUUCUGGACAACCUCUGACAAUUCUAGGGUCUACUGGCCCGGUCUUGGUCUUCGAGUCGAUCAUGUACGAUUUCUGCACCCGCGCUGAGUGGGAUUACCUCUCGUUCAGGCUGUGGGUGGGGCUGUGGUGUGGAGCGAUCCUCAUCUUAUUGGUGGCCAUUGAUGCCUCAGCUAUGGUGUGCUACAUCACCAGGUUCACGGAGGAGAACUUCGCCACCUUAAUCGCCUUCAUCUUCAUCUACAAAGCCGUGGAGAAAGUGGCUCUCAUCGGCUCCAAGUAUCCGAUGGAGACACACGUGGAUUGGGAGAAGCCAUGCGUGUGUGAUGCUGGCGAGGAGUGGAAUGGGACUGUCAACGACUGGAACAUCACUAGUGACGACUGUGUACAGUCGUUUAAUGGCACCAUGGUGGGCCCAGGCUGUGCUCACUAUUACCCUGACGUGUUCCUGCUCUCUGUUCUUCUGUUCCUUGGCACAUUCCUCAUCUCCUGCACCCUUAAGGACUUCAAGGGCGCCUCCUUCUUCCCUACAAAGAAAGGUGGAGGGUAUCCCCUGGACCUGUUUUGCGUGGCUGUACGGUACUCAUCUUACUCACUCUGUCCCCAGAAAGGUGGAGGGUAUCCCCUGGACCUGUUUUGCGUGGCUGUACGGUACUCAUCUUACUCACUCUGUCCCCAGAAAGGUGGAGGGUAUCCCCUGGACCUGUUUUGCGUGGCUGUACGGUACUCAUCUUACUCACUCUGUCCCCAGAAAGGUGGAGGGUAUCCCCUGGACCUGUUUUGCGUGGCUGUACGGUACUCAUCUUACUCACUCUGUCCCCAGAAAGGUGGAGGGUAUCCCCUGGACCUGUUUUGCGUGGCUGUACGGUACUCAUCUUACUCACUCUGUCCCCAGAAAGGUGGAGGGUAUCACCUGGACCUGUUUUGCGUGGCUGUACGGUACUCAUCUUACUCACUCUGUCCCCAGAAAGGCGGAGGGUAUCACCUGGACCUGUUCUGCGUAGCUGUGCUCAUCAUGAUCAACUCUAUCAUGGGUCUGCCGUGGUUCGUGGCCGCCACGGUGCUGUCCAUCAACCACGUCAACUCCCUGAAGCAGGAGAGCGAGUGCGCUGCCCCCGGGGAGAAGCCUCAAUUCUUGGGCGUCCAAGAGAACCGCGUACCCCUGAAGAAGGUGCACCUGUUCACCCUCAUCCAGCUGGUGUGUCUGGUCGUCCUCUGGGUCAUCAAGAGCUUCAGUCAGACCUCCAUCCUCUUCCCCAUCAUGGGCAUGAUGACCAUCCCUCUUGCUAACGGCAACGUCAUGCGGGUGCCCGUGAACAUCAACAUCUCUGAGGAGAUGAACAACUCGGGAAUCUGGAAGGGCAUGGACCACGGCGACGGACACGGCGAUCACGCCAGCUCCGCGCGCAACCGCGGGACGAAAAAGGACGCGCAGACAGCGGAGGAGCGGCGACGUCUGAGCGUGAUGCCCGAGGAUGAGGAGGGCGAGACCGAGGGCAUCACCAUCAAGGUGAUCCAACCAUAAGUGCGCACCAUAUGCAUCACCAUCAAGGUGAUCCAACCAUAAGUGCGCACCAUAUGCA